GUAAUGGACGUCCCUGUAAAGGAGCGUGUGUCAGUCACAACGGAGAUGUUUUCAUCAUAUUUUUUUAUGUCGACAAGUGAGGCUUCGUGUCCUGCGCUUUGAUUCUACGUUUCCUGUUCGGGUGGUCUCAAUGAUUGUGGAACACACAGGACGUUUAAUUGUUCGCGUGGAACUCGGUGACGUAUUGAGUGAACGUUGUCUUUAGUUCAGUAGUUGGCUGGGUCGUUCUCAAAGGACUAGUAUGUGACCAACAUAAUUUGAAUCCUUGGACGUUUUAUUGUGGCGUUUCCGUGUGUAAGAGUAUUGCUAUGCAAUCCUAGCAAUGGAUAAAGUGGCUCAGGCAAACCACCGUAAACUAGCAGAGGUCUCUUUACGUAACUCUGCAUUGUUCUGAUAUGAAUGACUUACCCAUCACUAUUUGGAAAGCUGCCUUGAAUGUAUGGUUGAUAUUGCUAGACUGUUUAUGUCUGUGGAUGGCAAAUGAAAUGUGUUCCGGUGGCAGCCAUCAUGCUUCUCCGAACUCCCUAUAGCAACGUGAAUCAACACUGACGUCAUAUCCGGUGUCCCAGUAGGAGGCGGAAGUACUUUGAAAGGAACACUUCGAAGCAAUUAUUGUCAUUCACGUUUACUGUCGUUUGUAAGGUGAGGAUUUAAACUGAUCAUUUGUGACGGAUGUCUUUUUUCAAAAUGCCGCCGCCACCACCACCACCUAAAAGGACCAAUGUGACGAGGACGAUAGAGCUAAAAAAAGAACUUAUUGCCAAGUUUGAAAGCGGCGCACGAGUCUCUGAUCUGGCUGCUCAGUACAAUAUGGCAAAGUCUACAAUAUCGACCAUACUAAAAAGAAAAGAAGCCAUCAAAGCCGCUGAUGUGGCAAAAGGAGUAAAAAUACUUACUAGUAAACGGCAUGUAAAAAUGGAAGAAGUGGAAAAGAUCUUGCUUGAAUGGGUGACUGAAAGACAGUCGAGGGGCGAAAAGGUGUCCGAGCCGAUUAUUUGUGAAAAGGCAAGGCAGCUGUAUAGUGACCUGAUCAGAGACAGCCCAGGGGACAGUGCUGAUGACUUCAAGGCUAGUCGAGGCUGGUUUGAAAAGUUUAAGAAGAGAAGUGGAAUCCGCUAUGUGGUUAGAAAGAGGGAGAAUGUCUGUGCCGAUAAACAAGGAGCAAAGAAGUUUUCGGAGGAAUUUCAAAGGCUUGCUGAGAGCGAAGGCUUUCUUCCCCAGCAAGUGUUUAAUUGUGAUGAGACGGGCCUCUUUUGGAAGAAGAUGCCCAAGAGGACAUACAUCACAAGGGAAGAGAAGAGCCUACCAGGACACAAGCCGAUGAAAGAUAGGCUAACUCUCCUGCUCUGUGCUAAUGCUAGCGGGGACUGCAAAGUAAAACCACUGCUUGUAUACCAUUCGGAGACCCCCAGAGCGUUUAAAAAGAACAACGUGCAAAAAGAUAAGCUGAAUGUCAUGUGGAGGUCCAAUCCCAAAGCCCUGGUGACCAGGCAGUUCUUCACUGAGUGGUUCCAGGAAGUGUUUACUCCCAGCGUGGAGGAAUACCUGACGGAGAACAACCUCCCACUCAAGGUCCUUCUGGUCUUAGAUGCGGCUCUGGCACAGCCUACGGGAUUGGGAGAAGAUUGGAGCAGCGAGCACGACUUCAUCACGGUGAAGUUUUUACCCCCCAACACCAGCACUCUCCUCCAGCCCAUGGACCAGCAGGUGAUCUCCAACUUCAAGAAGCUCUACACAAAGGCACUUUUCCAAAGGUGCUUUGAGGUGACCAUGGAGACAAACCUCACCUUGCGGGAAUUCUGGAAGGACCACUUAAAUAUCCUCCACUGCCUGAGCAUCAUAGAGACAGCCUGGGAACAAGUCAGCAAGAGGACGGUGCAAUGUGCCUGGAGGAAACUGUGGCCUACCUCCGUGGUCCCCAGGUUCUUAGAAAACUUUGAGCCCGAUCCCGUUCUGGAAACGGACGUGGUGGAUGAGAUCGUGUCCCUGGGAAAGUUCAUGGGCUUGGAGGUGGACAGUGACGACGUGGAGGAGCUGGUGGAAGAGCACACGCUCGUGCUGAGCACUGCUGACGUGCAGGAUGUUGACAGGGAGCAGCAGCAGCAAGAAGCUCCUGAGGAAGCGUCUUCUGAGGAGGAGGACGCAAGCUGGAAUGACAACAUUCCGACUGCAGAAAUCAAGGAACUGUUGGGAUACUGGGCCAAGACACAGAGCCUUGUUGCAAAGUGGCACCCCAGUAUUGGCGUUGUGAAGAGGAACAUCAAACUGUUUGAUGGAAAUGUGGUGGAACACUUUAGAAAGAUUCUAAAGAGUCGUAAAAGACAAGCUGCAUUGGACAAUAUCUUGUCAAAAGAAGAAGCGAGUUGCGGCAGCAGCAGUGCUUCUGAGCUCCAAGCCUCAAUUAGUGGAGUUAAAAGAAGAAGAAAGGACUGUGCAAUGGAAAGUGACCUGGACGAAGUCUUCAUGGAAGGAGACCCGCCGUCCAUGCAGUGACGCCCCUCCUCUCCUCUUCCCCUUACGCCACCAUCAGUCUGCUUCACUUCUUUUUGCACUUACAUGACCAUUGAGAAUGUUUAAAUAUUACCUCUAAAGUAUUUACAAUGAAUUUAAUUUGAACUCAAUACUUAAUUCUGUAGUCAAGCAGCCUUUUGGACUGUUUGAGUUGUGAGGGUCCACUGUGUCCCUUCAAAGUGUCUCCACCGGCUCAGCAGAUCAACCAACCAGAAGCUGUGAUGUAAUCAGGUGCGGCAAAGUCCAUGCUCCGCCCACUACAAGGUUCCAAGACAUGUGACCAGUAGAAAGUCAUCACAGUCUCAGGACCGAGGCACUGAAAAUAUGGACUCGUGCCAGAGAGAGGCCACACGAGCAAGUCUGGAGCUCCGGAGCAAGACAGGCCAGUCAACAUCAGAUGUGGAUACAAGGCAGCAACAGGGACCAGGCCUGGAUAGAGGUCAAGAUCCCUGGAGGGCAGGCUGGGAUGGAGAAAUAAAGAUGUAGUCUGGAGCAGAGACUGAGGAAAUCCUGACUUUCACAUUAAAGAAGAUCCAGAGUGGAAGAGGAGACGGGACCUACCAACUUCAUGUGUCUUCCACACACCAUCCAUUAAGGGGUGUCACAAGACACUCAGUUCAUGAGAUGAGAUGAGACGGUACACGAGAUUGGGUCUACGAGAUGAGAUUUUAAGAGAAGUAUAAUGAAAAAAUAUAUGACGAUAUAUUGCAAAAUUGAAUUUCUACUACGUUACCUUGCAUGGCUCCUCACAAGGCUACACUCUUCUGCACACUCUGCCUGCCAAAAGGGCUCACUCCAUUCAGGCCGUUUUUCUAAGGAACAAAAACGCUACGGUACUGAAAUCAGUGCACAGAAUCAACCCUCGUCCUGCCCGUUUGGAGGCGAGAGACGAAGAAAACAGACACGCAUGCACAAUAUAUUGAGGCUGGCAAAAUGAUCCAGUUCAUUUUCAUUUAUUGUGCGAAUCAUGAAUUAAUUUAUCAUCGCCCGGCCUAGUAGAAUCUCACGAGAUCUUGUGACACCCCUACCAUCCGUCCAUCUUCUUCGACUUAUCCGAGGAUGGGUCGCAGGGGCAACAGCCUCAGCAGGGAAGCCCAGACUAGCCUCCACCCGGUGGAUCCCAAGGCACUCACAUCCUCCACACUCGACUGGUUGCACCAGACAAAAAGAUCCUGAAGAACAAUGCAGAGCAGCAGAUCAUGGACACAUACCGCUAACUUGCCUUGGGGAAAGGCCAAGGAAGAGGCCAGCCUGGCCGACAUGAGGUGUGGCAGCAAACUGGAGGACGGUGGGCUGGCUGGCUUCUCCCUCCGCCCUCAACACUGACGGCAGCUUGUUUAAAGUAAGCAGCUCGCAUAUUCUUCCAUUAUGGCGUACAGCAUGCACAGAGAACACACAUUAACAUAGACUCUGCCUACGUCGGAGGUGACAUGCCACCUGUGCACAUUCCCCGAAAGAGAAAGACGCAACCCACAGGUUGGGAGGCGGAAUGUGGGUUCUAUUCUCUGUAAGUUUUCCAAUGACAUGUCAGUCAUUCCGAUCAGACGUUGCAUUCAUACACACAUUUAUGAAGCGCAACAUGAAAAAUAUCACUAUUGAACAUGCACAAUUUGUGCCAAACUGUGUUAUUUAGUAGCAAACGUUACUCAAAAGUGUCCAGGGGCCUCCUCUAUUAAGCUUGAGUACACAACCUGGCGUGAGAAUGUGCGCACUCGUACACCACCUUUUGGAGCUGGCGUAUGCACUUGCUGGAGACAUGGCAAAAAGGCGAUGCACAUUUGAAGUGGUGCUGUGAAAUCAUACGCUAGAAAUAAACAUGCAGGGGAAGCCAGUAAAGAUUUAUCCAUCAUUGCGUGAAAACAUCACGCUGUGAUUGACUUAAAACCAUUUGUGGAACGUGCUGUUGUUCGACAUGACACUGAUGGAUAUCAUUUGUCAUUUUAUCAUAAACAUGCACCAUUACGCACCAGCGUGUCGUAUCCCAACUAAAAGAUAUAUGAAAAACACAACACAGCACUUGAAUACUUCAUUUUAUUUUAUCCUCAUGAUAAUAUUACAUGUUCGAUUCAUAUGAAUUAUAACAAACAUCAGGUUGUCUAUUAAAUAAUGCUAUAGGGUUUACGAGACACAGAGAUAUGUCCUCAGUGCUCCGUUUCUCCCGUAUCUUUGGACAAUUUCUCAAAAAAUAAGACAGCUUUUCAUUGCAUAUGUCAAGUAUGUCAUCAAUAGCAAGAUGUAUUUACCAAUCACGGCCUUUAUUUGUGUGGAUAGUGUCAGGGCAGUGUGCGUCAACUUACUCUUUCCUUUUCCACAAAUGAUGGGCUUUUCUUUUGUCGUGCUUUGAAAUAACACACAUUAGUUCCACAUAAAAUAAUGAUAAUAUACCUAAUAGGUUGAUGGUGUUCAUGUCCUCAAUAAGUGAAAUAUUUUUAAACUAUCAGUCUGGAAUUACAGCAAUUCAUUUUCAACAUAACUUCAUCCCUGUUUUCAAUCUUGGCAUCCACCUUUUAAAUUAAACAGAUGGUGCUAAGGUGAUAUUCAUCUAAAAUGUGGUAUCAAUUAGAAAAAAUGUAGAAACAUGCUCACUAAAAAUGGAAAUGUGUUAAGUUUUGCCUCGUUCCAUCUUUCUCACACACACACACACACACACACACACACACACACACACACGACAAGCUUUUAUUUUAUUUCUUAUGCCACUGCUGUGUCUUCCAAAUAUACUUGUACCAGUAUUUCUGCCUCCAUUUUUGUGAAAGCCCGCAUCUUCGUCUUCCCACCAGCCGUGAUUCCAAUGCAGUCAAGGUUCUUGAAAUAAGGACGUCACAUUCAUGAGUCACUUUGCAUUGACCUCCUAUGGUGAAGGGGAGGCGUGGGAAGGGCGUAACUUGCGUACGCACACUUCUCCUCAAGAUGGAAACUAAAAACGCCAAAUUGUGUGAAUGUGUGCGUACGCCAUUUGUUUUAGGUCUGAAUAUUUUUGUCCGUACACAUAUUUUGGCUUUCCAGCGUACACUGACUUUGUCAGAUUUCCACGCACAUUUUUAUCCCUGAGGCCCCUGAUAUGUCAUAAAUGUUAUUUUAUUAGCUUGACUAAAUCAAAAGUUGAUUUACAGCAGUACAUUCCAUUUUUGCAAGGUUGUCUGAAAAUGCCACUCGCCUGUACAGCUUCUACAAAAACGUUAUUAGUAACAGGCUUUUCAUGGACGUUUUUGGUCAUUUGUUGAGACUUUAGACUGCCACUGCAUAUUUCUAAAAGCCGAUGUUGAGUCAUUUGCCAUACAUCAUUACAAGACACACUUGGGGGUACGGUGAAAGUGACUCAACAAACCCAGGCUUUGUGCUCAAGGUGCAGCUCAACAAAAGCUGAAUUCCUGGUACCGCAACGGUGUUUAUCAACUUGUUGUCGAGUCCGGUUCUCGGCUUUGUGCGUAGUGCGGGUUUACAUAAGAGGGGACGUUUGACAUAUUUUUGUUGUUCCGCUCAAACAUGUAGCCAUCCCGGCUUGUAAAGUAAUUAUUAUGGAGCAUUAUGAGGAGCUCAAAACUAUUAAACAACACUGUCGCCACCAAUAGAGCGAGGGAAUUCCGCUUCCAGAAUAAUGCUGAGCGUGUAAAUGCUAAAGUUAAUUAACACUGAUUAUUAUACUAAGUAUACCCUUACUAGUCUUUUCAUUUCAGAACACUGGGCAUUGCGAAGCUUUGACAUAUUAACACUUACCCAUUGGAAAUAAAUAAAUAAAUUGGAGCAACAACUGUCUUUUUUUUCAUCUUUGGAAUUACCUGUAGAUCUAUCCUAUUUCACUGCUAUAGAAUGUUGUACCUUGUGUUGACCACUAGGUGGCACUGUUGGCAUGUUUUGUGGCAACAUUCUUUGUGACAAGCUUUUCCUUAUUGUUAUAAUAAAGAAGUGUUUUGUUGCAGUUGAGUGAUGCCUCAGGAGUGCUUUUCCCUCCAGCAAUUAUUGUAAAAUAAGACUAACGGGCUGAGUACUCACGCAAGGACUGCUGUGGCACAUACGUCUGCAAACAUUGGCCUGAUUAUUCAUAUUUCAUAUUGCAUUUUAUUCCUGAUGCUCUGCUCAAAAAGUGAGCAAAUGUAGCACAUCCUCUCGGCUGAAAGUAUUUUUCUCUUAUCGAGAAUUUCAUCAGGGAAUGCUAGCAAAUCGGUGUGAUUUCCAAAGUAGCCACUGUGUCGUAGUGCUGCCCAAAUUAUUCUUGCUCCUACAUCCACCGUGUUCUCAAUACGUGGUGACACCAUCUCCGAAAGAGUUAAAUAGUGAAACAGCGGCGCUUUCACAGAUGAUUUUAAGAUGAAAGCCUGGGCAUAACCUAGUCCGGUCCAGGUUAUUAGUUUAAACUAAGCAAAGUUCAGCUAAAUUUGCUGAACAGGCAAGCCUGGAUUUACACUCGACACACCUCAAUAACCCAGUAAACUGGCUUCGGAGUAUUUUCCCCCCCCCCCUUGGUGUUUAAUUUUGCAAAAACGUGCUGUGGGUAAUAACGUAGCUGCUAGCCAAGUGGAAUACGUCAAACGUGUGGAAUAAAUCCUUAGAAUCACGAGUUAUGUUUCUCUCUGAUUUGAUGCAAGGACACUGUGUCUGGUGCUCUCAAUAAAGCCCUUUCUUAAACCGACUCAAGUUCACGGCCUCAACAAAAAUAUACCACCACCACCACCGGCUCACAUAACAUGACCAGUGGUGGUUUAAAAGAAGAAAGUGCACAAAAAAGGUCUAUUUUCCACAGUUUGGAAUGAAACUGCAUAAAUAUGAUCAUUUGGUCCGAACAAUACGACUGGUCACUAUUCACGUACCACUACGUGCAUUAAAGCAGUCUCACAUGCGAUUAGGCCUGUCACGAUAAUCAAUAAAUCAAUUAACCGCACGAUAAAUAAAACACUCAAUCUUGCCGGCCUCGAUAUAUCGACAUGCGUGUUUGUUUUCCUCCUCUCUCUCCAGAUGACGAGAGUUCAGUCUGUGCAUCUGUCUGAACGGACGGAGUGAGUGAACCCUCCUGUCAUUCAGUCUCUUUGUCCCAGUGAGGAGACCUGGGUCAAAAUCAGAAAUAUUUUGAUUUAUUAUUUUUAUUUAAGUGCAAUUUUCAUUGGUUUUUUUUGUUUAUUUUAUUGAAAAGCUCUUGGCAUUCCAAUUACAAUUUUAAAUACAGGGUACUGAUUCCAUAUAUUAUUACAUUAAUGAUAAAAAUGGUCUCAAAAUAAUGUUGACAAUGUCAUUUAUCGGCAGUACUUGCUAGGACAAUUAUAGUCCAGAAAAAUGUGUUAUCCUGACAGGCCUAGAUGCGAUCAACAAUUUUCAGUCAUGUUGUUGGUGAGUGGAUAAACUUUGUCAAAUUGCUAUCAUCAGCUGACACCAAACAUAACUAAUGCGUGCAUGGUAAGUGUGGCGUAGUUUGGAAUAAAGUGGGAUAGAAUUCUUGCGGCACGUUCGAAAGUUUGUGCCCCCUUAGGGAGCCGCCUAGCCGUGACAUUCAGCAGCUUUAAACAAAAGAUAAGCUCACAUGGAGCAGUACCACAAACAAAAAUGUAAAGCAGCAAAAUAAAGAGAGGCUAGGAAGCACAAAAAGAAUAAAUAUAGGAAACGUGCUUACAGAGAUUUUAUUUUAGUAACUAAUCCUUUAUUGUCACAAUGUAGUUAUAAAAUACUUUGUUCAAUAUUUUGAAGGAGUGUCAAUGUUCAUUAUUGUCCUGAGUGCAGUCACAUGGCUUGGACCACGCAUCAUCAUCAUAGCAGCUUUGUGCGGACGUAGAGCCAUCAAGAACGUGAUCAUGUUGACAUUACAUACCUGUACACAACCAAAAGCAUUAAAAAGGUUCUCGACUGAGUAAGAUGAGACGGCUUCAUUCUGUCCUCAUGAUCAUCUAAAAAGAGAGCUUGUGAUGAUGACGCAUCCCUCAAGUUUACGUUAUUUCACUUAACAAAAAAAGAUAAAGUUGAAAUGUUCAUUGUAAGAGUCAAAGAGUGUCAAAGGAACACCAGAGUGAUUGGUCAGAGUUGGUCUUUUCUGUUGUCUUGUUCCAUCAUUGCGCACGGGCACUCAUUGUCUUGCCUGAAAGUGCUUCCAAAGUUUAAAACGUUUCACAUCUUCUACUGAGGAGCCUCGUCACCGACACGCUUGCUUCUGACCAGCGAGCAGCCUUUAGGUAGUCCAUAAGGUGCGUGCUCCUGGAGCUCCACGCCAGCAGGAGUCGACUGCUCAGCGAGAGCUGUUUUCAUCACAGUCAGGGGAUUUGUCUUUCCCCUUAAGGAGGGGGGAAAGCUCAGUAACAAAACUAGAAUCUCUCAAAUGGGAAUACACAAAUAUAUUAUGUACAUUUAGUGGUAGAAAAAGUGCAUUGCGGAGACGUGUUGGACUGCUUACUGCAGAUCCAAACAGAAGACCACCAUGUGACCGAGGGUCCACACGCAUGGUGUCCAGAAGAAAACCAAAAAAGAAGUGGUCACACCUGAUCCUGAACCUUCAGCAGCGACUUUAAGUGGACCGUCAUCAGCUCUCGACUUUGGUUCCUCCGCUGCAGCCCGUCCUCCCCGACCCAGUGGCUGGGCGGCUUGGGUAAGACGCUCGGCGAGGGCGGCUCGCUGAACUUGGCCCCGGCAUAGACCUUCUCACCGUCUUUGAGGUGUUCGGCCAUGGCGUCGGCAGGCGGUGCCUUCUUCACGUUGUUCUGCUGUGGAUGAGCCUGAGGCUUGUUCGGGCCGCUUCUCCCGUUCCUCUUUGGCGGUGGUUGGCCCGGGUUGUGUCGGCGGACGCUACCGUGAUAACCGGCGUUGAUCUGCUCGUGUUUUAGCAGGGCGCGGACCGCCGGACCCACUGGCUGCACGGGUCCUCGCUCCAGGCGGCCACAUUUGGAUUUCGGCAGCUACAAAGGCCAGAAAUUGAAAAACAAUACAGUCAACUAUGUUGCCAUGGUGACCGUCUCCUGCACACAAGCGGGGCUGCCGCCUUUCACGGUGGUGGUAAUGCACACACCCCAGGUGGGUGGACCUCUGCUCCCGUGGCAAAUACCUCGCCUUUCGUGACCACUUGUAUUUGAUAACCUUCCCGUCUUUCACUUUUAAUGUACACGUAAGACUUUUAACCGCGUUGGAAUUUAAAGCGGCGUCACAAUGCAUACUGGCACCAAAUUCAAUUGUGGCGGUCCAAAUUUAUUACUGGCGGGCCGCUGUAAAUGAAUGUAUGAGUAGGCCUGUCAAGUUGAUCAAUAUAGCAACAAACCGCAAGAUAAAUAAAAACAAACUGGAUCAUUUUGCCGGCCCCGAUAUAUUGACAUGUGCAGGUGUGUUUGUUUUCCUCCUCUCCUCUACCAAACAGGCUGGGUGACAAGAGAGUUCACUCUGUGCAUCUGUCUCAACACCUGGACGCACUGGUUCUAUAACAGAGUGUCUUUGUCCCAAUGAGGGGAGGCGCGCUACGCUCUAGUGAGUGCACUACUCGCUAGCUGUGUGUAUACUUUCUUCGUGCCUCUUGUGUAUAAACACCAUCUGAUGUCGAUUUCAGCCCGUUUACGUGUCGCCAUUUUGUGACAUUAAAAAGUCAGAAAUAAUACAACACGCUGCAACUUACAUUUCAGUGAUUCCCGAACUAUAACACCUCAUUAUGCACCGACCGGUGCAUCCAAAACAUGUACUUUGACCAAACUCAGGCAAAACGUGACACCCCAUUAAACGUAAACCGCGUAUUCCACACACAGUGUUGCUAACAGUGAAUCAAGGAAGUGUAUAUGCAAAUGAGCUGACAUCUGCAUUGACACACAAUGUACUUCACAGUAUGUCUGCGAUAUUUGGUCAAUAUUCAGACAAUAACGAAAGUGACACUGAUUCAAAAUCAGAAAUAUUGUGAUCGGGAUUUUUAUUUAAGUUCAAUUUUAUUUAAGUGCAACUUUUGCUAAAAGUGAGCCCAUUUUAUUUUCACUGGAGUUUUUUUGGUCUUUUUUGUUUGUUUUUUCCCAUCACAGUGUUAGUCUUGAGAAAUUCAAGUUUAUUGCUUUUGAUACAGCGUACAUUAUACCAUAUGUUAUCAUUACAUUAAUUUAAAAAAUUAACAAUAGUAUCGCUUACCAGCAAUGAUUUGUAGGCCAAUUAUCGUCCAGUAAAAUUUGGUUGUUGACAGGC